AUGGCUUCCACCGUUCGUUCAGCCGCCCGCCUGGCUGCCCGCGCAAGCUUCGUCCGAUCAGGCUUCCCGGCUGUUCGGACGCCUUCGCUGCGUGCCGCCACUGUCAUCCGCCCGUCCCCGUCGUUCCACCGCCCGCGGUUAUACAGCAGCGCCUCUGCUCCCCAGCAGCAGGAGCAUGUUUUCCACACCCAGCUCGAGGACACCAAUGCGUCGUCUCUCCUCUCCUCGCUCCAGAAGCCGCAGGGCGUGCCGCAGACCUUGACGGAGAAGAUCGUACAGAAGUAUGCUGUCGGUCUGCCUGACGGCAAGUUUGUCAAGUCUGGCGACUAUGUCACCAUCCAGCCCGCCCACUGCAUGACUCACGACAACUCAUGGCCUGUCGCUUUGAAGUUCAUGGGCAUUGGUGGCUCCAAGAUCGCCAACAACCGUCAGACCGUCAUGACCCUCGAUCACGACGUCCAGAACAAGAGCGAGUCCAACUUGAAGAAGUACAGGCAAAUCGAGGAGUUCGCAAAGAAGCAUGGCGUCGACUUCUACCCGGCUGGCAGGGGCAUUGGACACCAGAUCAUGGUUGAGGAAGGCUACGCAUUCCCCGGCACUCUUGCCGUGGCGUCUGACAGCCACACCAACAUGUACGGCGGCAUCGGCUGCCUGGGAACCCCUGUCGUGCGCACUGACGCUGCCUCCAUCUGGGCUACCACCAAAACCUGGUGGCAGAUUCCGCCCAUCGCCAAGGUUACCUUCACUGGCCUUCUUCCCAAGGGUGUCACUGGCAAGGACAUCAUUGUUGCUCUCUGCGGUCUUUUCAACAAGGAUGAUGUGCUCAACCACGCCAUUGAGUUCACCGGCUCCCCUGAGACCCUUGCCAGCCUGCCUAUUGAUGACCGUCUGUCCAUUGCAAAUAUGACGACUGAAUGGGGUGCUCUGAGUGGUCUCUUCCCUAUGGAUGGUACCCUCAAGGGCUGGUUGCGCUUCAAGGCCACUGAGGCGUCCAUGUACGAAAGCAACCGUAUCUCGCGCUUCAAUCACGAGCGCCUUGACGAGCUCUUCGAGAACGCCCCUGUUGCUGACCCUGGUGCCACUUACGCCAAGAAGCUUUACCUUGACCUCUCCACCCUCUCCCCCUACGUCGCCGGUCCCAACUCGGUCAAGGUUGCCACCCCUCUUGCCGAGCUACAGGCUCAGGACAUCAAGGUCAACAGGGCAUAUCUCGUCUCUUGCACGAACUCUCGAAGCUCUGACAUCGCUGCUGCCGCCCGUGUGUUCAAGGAGGCUGCGGCCAAGAACAACGGCGAGAUCCCCAAGAUUCCCGAGCACGUCAACUUCUACAUUGCCGCGGCGUCGACGUUGGAGGAAGCCGCGGCAAGGGAAGCAGGUGAUUGGGACGCUCUUCUCCAGGCUGGCGCGCAGCCUCUGCCCAGCGGAUGUGGUCCUUGCAUUGGCCUCGGCACCGGUCUCUUAGAGCCAGGUGAAGUUGGUAUCAGCGCCAGCAACCGCAACUUCAAGGGCCGCAUGGGCUCGACGGAUGCCAAGGCCUACCUCGCCAGCCCCGAGGUCGUUGCUGCCAGUGCGUUGGCAGGCAAGAUUUCGGGCACUGGCUGGUACGAGCAGCCCGAGGGUGUGACGGGGGUGAUCCGUGGCGAAGGCGAUCUCAUUGGAAACACCAUCGAGGAUGCUCUUGCGUCCAUUAUCGGCCAGGUUGAUUCUAUGGUCGCGACGGGUGAGCAGGCCAUUUCGGGCAAGGACAGCAGCGCGGAAUCGGAGUCCGUGGGCGACGAGUCGCUGACGGAGAUACUGCCCGGCUUCCCCGAGAAGGUGUCGGGGGAGAUCGUCUUCUGUGACGCUGACAACAUCAACACUGACGGCAUCUAUCCCGGCAAGUACACGUACCAGGACGACGUCACGCGCGAGAAGAUGGCCGAGGUGGUCAUGGAGAACUACGACAAGGAGUUUGCACAGGUGGCCAAGGCCGGGGACAUUCUCGUGUCGGGCUUCAACUUCGGCAGCGGGUCGUCCCGCGAGCAAGCCGCCACGGCGAUUCUGGCCAAGGGCAUCCCGCUCGUGGUUGCCGGGUCGUUUGCCAACAUCUUCGGACGUAACAGCAUCAACAACGCCCUCAUGGGAGUUGAGGUGCCGCGGCUGGUGGAGCGGCUGCGCAACACGUUCGGCGAGAAGACGCUGACACGGCGCACUGGCUGGACUUUCGAAUGGGAUGUUCGCCGGAGUAAGGUCACGAUCCAAGAGGGCGAGGGCGGCGAGAAGUGGAGCCAGAAGGUCGGUGAGCUGCCGCCGAACGUGCAAGAGAUUAUUGCGCUUGGUGGUCUUGAGAAUUGGGUCAAGAAGAGUAUCGGACUGUAG